AUGGCUGGUUGGAGUAGAUUGGCACGGCGAAGUAUCGCUGUAGUCGGCGGUGUCGCUGUUGCGGCAGGCGUUGUUUAUAAAAACGAUCCACAGAAAUUUCAUGCCGACGCUUCUUGGACUUCUAAUUUCGAACCAAGUGUAAAAUGGGACCACAAUUGGGACAAAUGUGAACCAGCCAGUUUAGUGAAACCGUCAAAAAAUCAAAAUUCCUCUGAAGAGAAGGAUGCAAAAGAUGCAGAAAAUGAACUGAAAAAACAUACAGCAACAGCAACACGACAUCUACUGUUGAUUCGUCACGGUCAAUACAACACUGAUGGGGAAGAGGACAGCCAACGGUACCUCACAGAACUAGGGCGAAAGCAGGCUGAAUACACAGGUCAACGCCUGAAAGACUUGGGUCUGUCUUAUACCAUUCUCCUGUCAUCGACCAUGACACGAGCAAAGGAAACUGCUGAUAUUAUACAAAAGUUCUUCCCUGAUGUUCCACGUAAAGAAACGGACAUGCUUAGAGAAGGCGCACCAAUACCCCCUGAACCACCAAUGGGACACUGGCGACCAGAAAAGCAGUUUCUUCAAGAUGGAUCAAGAAUAGAAGCUGCAUACAAAAAUCUGUUUCAUCGAGCUGAUGCCUCCCAGGAAACUGACAGCCAUGAAAUAGUGGUCUGUCAUGCUAAUGUUAUACGAUACUUUGUGUGUAGGGCUCUGCAAUUUCCUCCUGAAGCUUGGCUUCGUAUUAGGUUAAAUCAUGCUAGUAUUACGUGGAUAACAAUUCGGCCUUCUGGACGAGUGUCUAUACGUCACCUUGGUGAGUCUGGGUUCAUGCCAGCGGACAAAGUGUCUGUUGUAUGAUAAAAACACAAUAAUUUGACAUCAGGUUGGAGUAAGUGUGUAAAAGAAGAUGUGUAUGAUGUAAGGAUGAGUAAGCCAUGAUGAAGCUAUUGGUGGUUUGAACAGAGACAUUGGUGUAUUUCUCAUGGAAAUCAUGUUAAACAUGUGAAAAAUGUGAAAAGUUUAUGAAUACAGUGGAUUUUACAUAAUCAAAGUUUGUCUGCUCCUUUACCAGUCAUACGAUUUACGAGGUUAAUUUGACCAGAUUUUUAAUGUCUUGACAUGUUAUAACUCUCAGCAAAACAAUUCUGUUGUUGCUAUUCCUAUUUUUUGAUUUUCAACACAGAAAACUUCAAUUAAAAGAGAAAAAAAUA